GGAGAGGCAGGGCUGGGCACGGUGGCAGGCCAAGGGGUGGGGGCAUGGCCGUGGGGAGGCCGCGUCCCGUCCGCCACGCUGCAGCGGGACAGACGCCCGGGCUGGGCCGCAUGGAGUCCCUGGGGCGGGGGGCUGACCAGAGGAGCCCCCUGGCUGUCGGAGCUCAGGCCCUGGGCGGGUGGAGGUGGUGGAGGCAAGGGGGGGGCGGGAGGUAACGUAGGCCCGGAUGGAGGCCUGGAGAAGGGGAGCGAGAGAGGAGGAGGAGGAGGAGGGGGAGGGGGGGGGGGCGUGAGGUGCUCCAGGAGAGCGUGCGUCCUGCUGAGCUCGCUGGCCGUGGUCUUCCUCACCUCGCUCUUCUUCUCCGUGUCGCUGCGCGGCGCCGUGGGCUUCAACUACCUGGAGGCGCCCGGCUGGGAGGAGUCCCGGCGGGUGAAGCUGGUGCCUAGCUACGCCGGCGCCCGGCGCCCGGCGCUGCCCGCCGACGGCGGCGGCGGCGGUGGCGGCGGCCCCCCCCAGCAGAGGACGUGCGCCUGCCCGCGCUGCGUGGGCGACCCGGGGGUCUCCGACUGGUUCGAUGAGAACUACGAGCCGGACAUCGCCCCGGUGUGGACCAAGGACAACAUCGAGCUGCCCUCCGAUGUGUACUACUGGUGGGUGAUGCUACAGCCCCAGUUUAAGCCCCACAGUAUCCACCAGGUGCUACUGAGGUUGUUCCAGGUGAUCCCGGGACACUCUCCGUACUCCUGGUGGGACCAGCAGCGCUGCCUGCGCUGCGCCGUGGUGGGGAACUCUGGGAACCUCCGCGGGGCUGCGUACGGCGCCGCCAUCGACGGACACAACCACAUCAUGAGAAUAAACCUGGCUCCCACCGUGGGCUACGAGGAGGACGCGGGAAGCCGGACCACCCACCACUUCAUGUACCCCGAGAGUGCCAAGAACCUGGCCGCCAACGUCAGCUUCGUCCUGGUCCCCUUCAAGACCCUGGACCUGCUCUGGAUCACCAGCGCCCUCUCCACAGGCCACAUACGAUUUACGUAUGCUCCAGUCAAGCAGUUCCUCAGAGUGGACAAAGACAAGGUGCAGAUCUUCAACCCGGCCUUCUUUAAGUACAUCCACGACCGCUGGACCAAACACCACGGCCGCUACCCGUCCACCGGCCUGCUGGUGCUCUUCUUCGCCCUGCACGUCUGUGACGAGGUGAACGUGUUUGGCUUCGGGGCCGACAGUCGCGGUAACUGGCACCACUACUGGGAGCAGAACCGCUACUCUGGGGAGUUCCGCAAGACGGGGGUUCACGACGCCGACUACGAGGCGCAGAUCAUCCAGCGGCUGGCCAAGACCGGCAAGAUAACAGUUUACCCCGGGAAGUAGAGGAGGAGGCACCGGACACGUGGUUAUCGGUGGCCGCACAACCCAAAACAGCGGGGGGGGGGGGGGGGGGGGUCGUGAACGUAUCUCCUAACCCACAGAAUGUGGUGGGAGUGUGAACUACCAGUGAGUCACCGGGUUUAAAUUCUGAAGUUGGAACUUCUCAACAACUAUUCGGAGCUUUGGACUAAUCCCCACUAAUAGUUGAACAAGUUGUUUAUGCCAAAGGACAAAGGGAAAGUGGUUUCAGGAAUUAUUACAAAACACAGUGAGUGUCCUGACUCCAGAGGAACCAGCGAGUUUGGACUUCCUGCCCCCUGGUGGGGUCAUUUUACCACAUGAAUCACACCAAGAACGGCACCAUCAGUCGGCUCUUUCAGAGGAAACACCGCGGAAGAAUUGAAAGUGAGAAGGACCCAAGCGAUGUGAAAGUGAGGACCCACUGUUUGCUGCAGAGCCAAUACCGCGGUACUUGCGUCUUGGCCCUGCCUCACCCUCACUUAUAUUUAAGGCCUCCCUCAGAGACCUCUUAAAUGGGCACACGUUGGCCGUGGGACUGUGGAAGCAACCACAACCCAAACCCUUUGAUAUACGACAGAUUGGGGACCUCGUGGAGCUCGCUGACGAACAGACUUUUAAUUCAGAAGGCUGAUGAGCAGCUGUGCCCUGCCCAUCACAAUCUAAUCAUCUGGGGGGACGGGGGACGACGACGACACAUCACACUGUCCAUUAUGGGGAGCCUGCUCAGUUUGAGCUCCAGGAUGGAUGUUUGUGGACACAUUGUUUUGGGUUCAGUGUGUCCGGGUGUUCAAUGGCUCUGGUUACCACUAACCCGCACACAAUUUUAAGACUCUCAGUGAGUUAUAUCUGUGGUGCAUCUUUUUGAGUGUACUGAUGACAUUAUGUUUAUUCUGGGACUUUGUUGUUGUUUAGACAGACACACACACACACACACACAGACACACACACACACACACACACACACACACACACACACACACACACACACACACACACACACACACACACACACACACACACACACACACACACACACACACAACAAACUGAUUAUCUGUAUUCCUCUCUGGCGAGUUUCUGUGAGGGAUUUGUCUUUUAAGUUGUAGAAGGUGCUGCUUAAGAUAAGAUACAGCAGACCCACGGCUUUGUAGAGUGAGUCUCUCUUUCUCUGUUUCUUUAUUUUCUUGUCUGCCUUCCACCUCCAACACACAUUGAACUGAGCUGGUCAGGGGGGCCAUCUAUCGCCUUACACUCUGCCUCUUGACCCUGUUCUCAUUGUAAAACUGCAUUAGAGUUAGUUUCUUUAUGUUCUUGUUAGCCAUGGGCCAAUGGAUUUACCUUCUUCAUUCAUAUAUUUUCCCCUUUCUUUCCUUCAAAGCUUAGUCAAGUUGUGGUGUUUUAAAGGUUGUGCCGCUUAUAAACACUGUAGUUGAGUUAACUGUGGAUAAAUACAAGACACAACAGUACUACUUCUGAUAUGAUUUUACAGCUGAUACAGCUUCAGACAUGCCUUACAGGGUUAAGUUCCCUUUUUUUUUUAACAAACAUUGGAAUGUGCAGGUUUGGCUAAUUAAUUUCCUCCACACCCGAUUUUGAUGGUUUCAAAGACUAGUAUGUACUAACCUUUGAAUGAAUCAGCUAGCUCAAUCAAACUAUGGCACGGCUUACUUACUGGAUGGCAUUAAUCAAGUAUACAGCUACUGGAAAGGAAAUGGCGAGAUACAAAGACACACAAGGAAACUUUGUCUAUCCAGCAAUUUAGCAUGAAAAGGUAUCUGUCUGUGACGGCAAUAAAUGCAGUAAAGUUCUGUGCCUCCCAUGUGAUCAGCAGAUAUAAAAUAUUGUGUUAUCAUUUGAUAGUAUUGUAUAACCAUACCUUCAGUCUCCUGGGUGACCAAUGUUUUACUACACAUCAUUUUGAUGGACGUGUUUUUGAAAUGAUGCAUAAUGGUGUUCUUCUAUAAGAUGCUCUCUGUUGGGCUAGGCUCAUUUUACAGUUCAGUCGGUUUAAGUGUGACUUGACUGAACACACACACACACACACACACACACACACACACACACACACACACACACACACACACACACACACACACACACACACACGUACACGGACAUGCGUACACACACACACACACACACACACACACACACACUAUUUACUAUUCAUGAGUAAAUAGCACACCAAAUAUUCAUGCUUUUGUGCCUUUUCCUGUCUGUGGCCAUCGCCUCCAGAUACUUUUCUUUCUGUAAUUGCAGACCACAUAACCCACACACACACACACACACACACACACACACACACGCACACACACACACAC